AUGUUAACCUCACUUUUGGGAGGAGAUGUUAACAGGAUAUUAGAAUAUUAUGCUGUAACUGUGAGAAGCGUUAACAUCAGAUAUGCAACUAGCUCGGAUCCCAGCGUUACCGUUAAGCUCGUUGGAAUUGUGGUAAUCCAGAACAUAGCAAAUCAACCAUUCAUCGAAGACCAUCGUGGACCUGAUGGUACCUACGACGCUAACGGUAUUCUACCCGACUUUGGGAGAUUUCUAGUCACAAAUGCAAGUGCCUUCCCUCCCCACGAUUUGGGAGCAUUGCUUACCGGUGUUAGCAUGGGGAGCACUGGGGGAUUGGCUUAUCUCAGUGCAGCGUGUUUACAAACAUACAGGGCUUCCAUAAAUCGCGAUGAAGGAGCAACCUUUCGUGGCGUUGGGAUUCUAGCUCACGAAAUGGGACACAACUUGGGUGCGCCGCAUGACGGUGAUGCCGCGUCAGGUACGGGUGCGUGUCCAAAUGAGGACCGUUACAUAAUGAGCACAGCGGGAGGAUUUGGUCGAAACGGGCACUACUUUUCGACUUGUAGUAAGGCAACGAUGAACACAUUUUUUGGAACUGCAGCUGCCAACUGUCUCUAUUCUCAAGAGUCUCCAACCUGGCACACACCGUCACCCCUCUUACCAGGCGAUUUGAUAACCUUUGACGAUUUCUGCCGGGUUUAUCGCCCCGAGGCAUACGUUUCGGAUACCCAAACCCCUGACGAGCUCUGUCAAAAUGUGCGAUGCAAGUAUCGUGCUCCGUGUAAUCCACCGGAUGAAGAUUUCACCUGUAUCUGGACUGCAACACUGAAUCAGAUGGCACCAGAUGGCGUUGCUUGUCGAACUGGUGAGGUAAGGCGAAAUAAUGAUUAAAUAUG